AUGUGUCUCUUCCCGUUGUUCCGAUGUUGCAACGAUGUGGAUCAAAUCAAGCAAAGGCUGAACUUGAAUGCGAAGCGAUACGAGUGUAUGCCGAAUCCUUUGAAUAAAUGGUCGCUCGCUACGAGAACGCCAGAUCCAUACAAAGGCAACAGUACAUUUUACUCUCAAUGCCAAUCGGGUUUCACUUAUCAACCAGAUUUGAAUCAAUGCUUGAUGUGGAUGAAUGAUAAACUGCUUUCAUUUACCGAGAGUCGAACUCGUUGUAAUUCGUUCGGAGGCGAGCUCAUAUCAAUUCACAAUGCAUUUCAGAAUGGAUUAUUGGCUCAAAUGCAAAAUGAUCGAGGUUGGCUAGGUGCUGUGAGGGACAGAACGGAUCACCCAUGGUUCUGGAUGGAUCAGACUCCGUUCGACUAUCAACGCUUUCAAUCACAAGCUGCUGGUGGUUAUUGCGCAUAUUUGGAUUCAUCAGACCAACUCUGGAAAAUCGUCGACUGUAACAGUGAAGCAAUGUAUGCGUUGUGUGCGGCUCAGCCGGUGGAUCAGACAACGCAAGCACCGACGGUUUGUCAAGCGGUCGACAAUCAACCACUCUACAACUGUUUGAAAGGGUGGCAGUAUUCGCCACAAACUGGUUAUCAAUAUCUGGUAUUCUUCGAUCAGAAUUUCACUACUGGAGAGGCUUAUUGUCAAAGUCAAGGCGGUCAUCUUGCUUCAAUUCAUUCUGACACUGAAAAUGAUUUUGUGACAAGUCUCUGUUGCAAAUCGGGUUGUACAAAGUACAGUGCUCAGCCUCCUUUCUACCUUGGCGCUUUUCUGGUUGGAGGACGGAAGACAAACGGACAAAUGGUAUGGACUGAUGGGACUCCAUUUGAUUAUCAACACCCACCAUGUUAUGAAAUUAAUGACGAUGAAGCAGCAGUUAUUAUUGUGGAUCACUACGAUUGUGGCUAUGGAUGUUAUCCUGGUGCUUGGCUGAUCGCUAAACCCUUCACUGUCGACGUUUUCCCAUAUUUGGUUUGCAAAAAAAGA